AGAAUGACCCUGACUGCCUACGAGGAGGACCCUGUACAAUAUUCUCGAAAGAAGCAAUGUUUACUAUCUCGAUAAUGUACACCAUCCUUGCUCAGAGGGUUACGUGCCUAAAAAUUUUACCGAUGGCCCAGUUGUCAUUUUCUUCUCCAUGACGAGUAAAGAUCACCACUUGGGAUGGAAGAAAAUGGGAGCUUGCCUUGGGGUGUGGAACCUUGACCACAGAUCGAACCAUCGUGGGCUCUUCAGACUUACCUAUUUACGGGACAGAACUCUUCCUAAUUGGCUUCCCUUACAGCGAUUACAGUUACCUCCGGGGCGCCCACACACACGUAGUAGUGGACCCAAAGGAAGAGGAGGAAUAUAUACUGGGGAAAAGAACGCUGGAAAACAGAGCCCAUUACAGAGUACCAUACUUGGAAAAACUAGCACCUUAUUUAGCAGUGGACGGAAGACGAGUGGAUGAGUGGAUGAGCCAAGAUGACAAAUCCAAUCUACCUGUGCAUUUAUCUCGCUAUCUACCUCUGCCUCUCCGCCCACGCCUCCUGCACCAUCCCACCACCCACCAUAAACCUCUUCCACCUCAACCCCACCCACUCACAUCCACCAAACCCCGGAAGUCGCCACAGAAAACGAGAAACAAGCCGAAAACCUCAAACCUCAAGAUUUCAAGAUCAAGAUCAAGAUGGUGUGUUUGAAAAUUUGAUGCCAAAACCUAUUGUUCAAUUAUUCGAUAAGGAAGGACUGCAUAAAGUCGUGGGUUGGAGGGGUUUCUACUAUCACGUAUACCCACGCCCUCGGAACGCCACCACGCCCCUGGAAUUGGUGAAAACAUGGGAAAUUGGGAAGGAAAUAGGAUGGGAUCUCGAUGAAUCUUCCUCUUCUUCUUCUAUACGGUCAUCAUCUUGUUCCUCGCUAACAUGCAAAUGGUUUUCUUCGUGGGAAUUCAUCACAUUACUCUUGGUUUUGUUCAUCUGGCUCUUCACCCUGACGUCUCUGUUGUGUCUCGCCCGCUCGUCUUCAGGCAGACACUUCCUCAACCAGUUUUCUUCCUUUUGGGCGAGAGACAAGGACGAGGAUAACCAGGUCCUCGCCAAGGGCAUAGGAUACUUCGAUGGGAGCCCUGGUAUGCGAAGAUUCGUCCUUAUUGAAGAUGAAGACGACGACGACGAAGAAGAAGGAGGAGGAGAUGCCAACAGCGACACAUCCUCAGACAAACAGGAAGCAGUUACAGAUGAGGAUAAAACCAAGAUACAGAAGCUUCCCAGGAGAGGUAAUUAUAUUUUGCAAGACGCAGCGAAGGGUUACGCAGUUGAAUUUGGGACAUACAGACUACAGGAGGAUAUAGAUAAGGAUAUGGAGGAGGAUAAACUUGCAUACGUGCUGGAAAAUGGUGCAUAUAUUCUCCCAUCGGAAAGAGUGGAGAGAAACAAGUGGACAGACGGAGAUACGAUAGAUUACUAUAGAUUUGUAUGGGGUAACACUGUGGGAAUAGAUGUAGAAGACAUGUACAGUUUAAUUACACAAGGAUGCCGUGCGGAGGUCCGAGAUAGGCUAGAUGGAAUAGGGAAAAGAUACGAUAUUAUAAAUGACAGUAAUGCAAGAGGAAGUGAAGGUAAUGCAAGAGGAAGUGAAGCGUGGAAGGUGACAGAGAUGGAUGAUGAGAUAAGAGAAAUAGAGAGAAGAGUUCGAAGUGAUGACGUUAUGAUAAGGAUAGAGAGAAAAAGAGCGGAUACAGGAAUAAAAAUAGUCAGAAGAGGAAGUGAAGAAAUAAGAAUAGAGGGAAGAGAACGAGGACAGAUAGAAGGAAACGCAAGAAAACUUUCCUUAGACGAAAUAAAACAAAGACGCCAAGAAAUCAGACAACAUAUAGAAAACGGAGGAGCAGAGAACAGCGAAGUAGAAACAGAAGAACUAUGGAGAACAGACACACAAACAAGAGGAAGAGAAAGAGAAGAGAGCCUAAUAUUAACUAUAAACGCUUUAGCAGACGACCACCACCAAAUAUUCAAAGAAAACGUCAAAAAAACGACAAGUGAAGGGGGAACUAUGCUAAACCCAAGGAGAUCGCUAGGAGGAACAAGACCUCGAUCAAAUACAAGUUAUAUAACAAAGAGGGCUGCUUCCUUCCCGAUGGACAACUACUGCCCUGUCCACCUCCUACCCAGAAAACUCUCGCUCAUAGUGGAGGAGGAGGCGAAGUGAAGGAGGUGAGGGAGAGAGAGGAUAAAAUAAGUAAAUAAAUAAGAGAUGAAAUGAAGGUGGUUACAUGAUGAGACGGAAAAUAAUAAUAAAGAAUAAAAAGUGGUAGAAAAUGGAGUGAUGGAUGGAGGUGGAGUUUUGUUUAUUUAUAUUUAUAUCUUGCUUUGUGUAUUUUGAUGAAUAAAAUAGAAAAAAAAAUG